AUGAUUAACAAUAUUCUGGAUCUCAUUAAACAAGGAACUGAAAAAGAAAGAAUUGGAAAUUUGGAAGAAGCAUUAAAUAUUUAUAUUUUAGCUCUUCAAAAAUGGGACCACAUUUGUAAAUACCAAAAUGAUGAAAGAGUCAAAAAUGUUCUUCUUAAAAGAAUGGAGCAAUUAGUUUCCAGAGCUGAACAAAUAAAGAAUCUGAUUAAUAGUAACGAUGGAAAGGGAAGAAAAUUAUUUUCAAGUUCAAAUUUACCUCCAAACUCAUCAUCUUCAUCUUUGUCAGAAAAUCUUUUAAAUAAAUCACAAAAUCCAUCCAGUUUUUCUAAUAUCAGUGAUCCCCUUAAAGAUGCCAUUCGUAAUUGUAUUUUAAUGGAAAGUCCAAAUAUUUCUUGGGAUGAUAUUGUAGGACUUGAACAAGCAAAGACUUCUCUUAAAGAAGCAGUUAUUUUACCAGUGAAAUUCCCAGAAUUAUUCCAGGGUAAACUUAAGCCUUGGAAAGGUAUUCUUUUAUAUGGACCACCAGGUACUGGAAAAACUUUUUUAGCUAAAGCUUGUGCAACUGAAAUGAAAGGUACAUUUCUUUCAAUAUCUAGUGCUGAUCUUACCAGUAAAUGGCAAGGAGAAUCAGAAAAGCUAAUUAAAGCUUUAUUUGAUGUUGCUAGAGAAAGGGCUCCUUCCAUUAUUUUUAUUGAUGAAAUUGAUAGCUUAUGUAGUAGCCGAAAUGAACAAGAAAAUGAAGCAACAAGACGUAUCAAAACUGAAUUUCUUGUGCAAAUGGAUGGAGUCAAUUCUAAUUCUAGUAAUUGCCCAAAUAGUAAUUUUAAGCCCAUUUUAGUACUUGGCACUACAAAUAUACCUUGGGAGAUUGAUUCAGGAAUCCGUAGAAGAUUUGAACGAAGAAUCUACAUUCCUCUUCCAGAUGAAGACUCUCGUGUAUUGCUCAUAAAAAAUGGUUUAAAAUCGAUUAAUCAUUCCUUAACCGAUGAAGAUAUUAAUUAUAUUGCAAAAAUGACUCAUGGUUACAGUUCCAGUGAUGUCUCUAUACUUAUUAAAGAUGCCUUAUUUGAACCAAUACGUAAAUGCAGUGAAUCCAGUUGGUUCAAAAAAGUUAUCAUUAAUAAUGACACAAGUAAUGCUGAAGAUUUUAAAGUUUAUUGGACCCCUUGCUCCCAGCCAUCAAAUCUUGAUAAUUUUGACAAAGAAUUAUAUAAGAAAAUUUCAUUAUAUGAUAUUCCAAAUAAUCAACUUUUACCUCCAAAAUUAACUAGAUGUGAUCUUGUUCAUGUUUUAUCAAAAACCAAAUCUUCUGUUACCAAUCUUGAUAUUGAAAAAUUCACAGAAUGGACAAAUAAGUUUGGACUUUCUGGAGAGUAA